AUGAAGAAAGAUCAUCGUCGGUGGACAUGGGAAUCGCGCAAUGGCGCGACUCGUGCGGAGAUCGACCACAUACUCACCAACCAGAGGUGGUGUCUACUUGACGUCUCAGUAGUACCAUCCUUUUGUAGUGGUUCUGAUCAUCGUUUCCUUCGUGCGAAAAUACGACUUAGCCACACGAUGGAAAAGAACAUCUGCUAUUGGCAACGAAAGAGAGAAGAAGUCGUCUACGACGAAUGCGUACAAACGGACUCCUUGUCCCAAGGUGACUGGUACAUCGAGGAGGACCCAAACGUGGACUACGAGAUGCUGCUCAGAGGACUACGAGCCUGUGCUGAGCGUGUCCCGAAGCCGCGCACGACCAACUUAGAUCGAAUUUCGAAGACCAUCAAGGAAUUGUUGGAAGGAAGGUCUUCGAGACCUGAUCCUAUUGCAUCGCAUAUUUAUGCGGUUAACAAGAAACAGUAA